AUGCCUAGACCCCCACUGGGCAAGAAGUCCGCGACCUUUGGCACUGCGCUCAAUCAGCGUAACAAUGAUGUCGAGAACCGACCUGAGUCCUCUACCGCUACUCUCAGCCACCCUCAAGCUGGCCCGUCCAAGUCGCGCUUGAGCUCCGUGUACUCGUACACGCGGUUCAAGCCAAGUCCCGCCGUUGUUUACACACGCGACGAGGAAGAAGCGAAUGAGAUGGUCCGCGUCAUGCCGGGACCCCUCGGCUUCGACUUGGAGUGGGUCGUCCACUUCCGUCGCGGGAAGGCGCCAAGAGAGAACCGUACUGCUCUCCUCCAGCUGAGUAGCGAGCGGAUCAUCCUCCUGGUACAAUUGAGCGCCAUGAAACGCUUCCCACGAGGCGUGAAAGCAGUAAUAGAGGACAAACACAGAAUCAAACUGGGCGCGAAUAUAAAGAACGAUGGACACAAGCUCUACCGCGACUAUGGCGUUCGCGCUGCUGGUCUUGUCGAACUAGGCACUUUCGCGCGACACACCGACCCGGCGUUCCCCUUCAACCGCUCGAUCGUUGCACUCGCCAAGAUCGUGAAGCAGUACACGCACAAGACGCUCAGCAAGGGCCCUGUGCGCACGAGCAACUGGGAGGCGCAACCGCUCUCGCAAGAGCAGCGUCAGUACGCGGCGAACGACGCACACUGCGCGCUGGUGGUGUACAAAUGCUUGGUCGCCAUCGCGGAGGAGCAUGGACGGACAGUGGACGUCGAUGCUACCAUCCUCCACCAUUUCUCGCUGUAG